AAGGGCAACCGGAAUCUGGGUGAUGUUGCAUCAUAUUGACAUUUCAGUAAUUUCGGAUAAUUAUUAAUGUGAAGUUAGGACCAUAAUCACUUAUUAUUUAUUUUAGAUAACGUUUUGAAUUACAUGUACCUAAACUUUCCACUUUUCGAAAACUUUUCUUCUCAAACAUGCGCAGCCUUGCAACGCUGUGUAAGGUCUUUGUUGUCCAUCAGUGUCGACGCCAGCUAAAACAACUCCGAGAAAGUUAUUUACGCUGGCUGCUGAAGAAGAAUUGUACAUUGAAGUUGUAGCUCCUCGUAAAAAGCCCUUUACAUGAAUGUGUAGGUUUUAUCACGCCCUAUAUGUCACAUACAUUACAUCAAACCACGAUGAGAUUUAUAAUACCGGGACACUGUGGUAGCAGUAUACGCUUGUUAUAACCUCUAAACAGCAUUGUAACGUUAACUGUUAGCAUCAAAACAGUUAUGGCCAAACAUGCGGUGCUGUUAUCGGGGGCAAAGAUGUGGAGAUCCCUGGCCUGUACAAAGUCAGAGCUGCGUCUGGAUCUCACUCUUGUCUGUGGACAAUCUUUCCGCUGGAGAGAAACUACAGAAGGCCACUGGACCGGAGUGAUGGGAGGACGAGUUUGGACUCUGACUCAGACAGAUGACACUCUUUGGUACCACGUUUACAAAAACCAAGACAGGCAGGUGGAAGAAAGUGACAGGAAGAGGAGAGCUGGUGUUCCUUUCCAGAUGGAGAACAAGCCAGAGAAGAGAUUCAAAGGAGCUUUGAAGAAGGAAGAGGAGGAGCCGGUGGCUGUGACUUUAGUGCAGGACACUGAGGAGGAAGAAGAGAUGCUGAGAGAUUACUUCCAGCUGAAUGUGAAGCUGGGGGAUCUGUACAAGGAAUGGGGAGCAGCAGACCCCCACUUCAAGCAUAUUGCAGACAUCUUCACAGGUGUACGAAUGCUGCGCCAGGACCCCACUGAAUGCCUAUUUUCCUUAAUUUGCACCUCCAACAACAACAUCUCUCGCAUCCAGGGCAUGGUGGAGAGGCUGUGUCAGGCUCUGGGCGCCCCACUAUGCCAAUUGGAUCAAACGUCUUACUACAACUUUCCUUCCCUGUCUGCACUUGCAGACAACAGCGUAGAGGCAUGUCUCAGGGAUCUCGGUUUUGGAUACAGGGCUCGGUUCCUUCAGCAGAGCGCAAAGCAGAUUUUGGACACCCAUGGGCUCCAGUGGCUUGAAGGUUUGCGCAGUGUCCCAUAUCUGCAGGCCUGUGAUGCUCUGCGUACUCUCCCUGGUGUGGGCACCAAGGUGGCGGACUGUGUAUGUCUGAUGUCCCUGGAUAAGGCAGAGGCCGUGCCCAUAGACACACACGUGUGGCAGAUUGCUAAACGUGACUACAACUAUGCUUCUGGCAGCGGACAAAAGAGCAUCACAGAUAAACUUCACAGAGAUAUUGGGGAUUUUUUCAGAAAACUGUGGGGUCCUUAUGCUGGUUGGGCACAGUCGGUGUUGUUCUGUGCUGACCUCAAGAAGUUCCAAAAACUGAAAGACAUGCUACAUCUGAAGCAGCCGCAGAAAGAGGAAAAUGGUGAAGAGGAAACAAGUGUAGCAUGCAAGAAAAUGAAAAUUAGGACAGAAGAAAAUGGAACUGUGAAGAACAAGAAAACCAAGUCAGUAUGUCACAAGAAAGCAAAGAUGUCUGCCUAGAAUGAGAGAGCGGUAUGAAGUAAACCUGCUUUUUACAUCAGAUUACAAUACAACACAUUUUUCACAUACUUUGGCCAGCUUCAUUUAAUAAACCUAUUGGAAUGAAAUAUUUAAAAGAUUUAUUUGUCAGGAACAUGGUAUAAAACAAAUUAUUGUAAAAAAAUUCGUUUACAUGUGUUUUAUGUUGUUUACUGUGACCUCUCCCAUGUCUACUUUCCUAUGAGUUUACUACAGUACAAAUACAGCACACUGGUGUGUUUGCUUGUUUGUUUUACAAUAAAGACAAAAUAACUUAACUAUAA